AUGGGAGACCGCGGAUACCAUCAACGUCAUGACCGUCCAAGAGUCAGAGAACAAGCGAGACAGGAUAUACCAACAUUCCAUCGUCUUUCACCCAUCACACCUCCCUCAGAUCUCUUCACCGAGAUAGAAAAGGCAGUCGAAGGCACCAAAAAAGCGCGCGAGAGAUAUUUCUACUGUAUCAAUAAAGCAGAUGAAGAUCUUAUGAAGUACAUAAAAUCCAGAUGUGUACUUCCGAUACCGAUGGGUCAUCUCGAAAGCUUCUGGGAAGAAGUAGAGAGGAGUAGGAAAGAGGCUAGAAAGGCAAGAGAAGACUAUUAUGUAUGGUGUAAACAUGGAGAGAAGAUGAGAGUGAAAUUAGGGAAAGAUGUGCUUGGAUUUUUGGUGAAGGAAUUGAAUUCUGUGAAUGCUGUUGUUGGGAAGUUACAGGAUGAGAGGAUGGUGAGGAGAGGGAGGGAGGAAUCUACAGGAGAAGUUUUAGGAGGCUUUGUAUUCAGAUAA